GUCUCUUACAUAUCUGCGGAUACAUGGUAGCUAUCAGUCUCUCCUCCCUUCAGUUAUCUGAAACACAUCUUGGACAGCAAGGAACCUCAGACAGACUGAUACCCAAGAUGUUGUUAUUUAUUGUGAUACCCCUUUUGAUCCUGGGAUUUACGGAUUCAAAACAAUCCUUAAGGAAGAAGAGAGCGGUGGAUCCUGAAACAUUCAUGAAUAUUAGUGAAGUCAUACAGUACCAAGGCUACCCAAAUGAAGAGUAUGAAAUCCUUACAGAUGAUGGCUAUUACCUCCCAAUCAACAGAAUUCCACAUGGCAGUACAAAUUCAGGGAAUUCAGCUUCAAAGCCUGUUGUGUUAGUGAUGCCUGGCGUACUUACAAAUGGUGGAUCCUGGGUAGCUAGUAUGCCCAACAAUAGCCUGGGUUUCAUACUAGCAGAUGCUGGCUUUGAUGUCUGGUUGGCAAAUAAUAGAGGCUGCAGAUGGUGUAAAAGACAUCAGAAUUUUUCAAUUGAUGAAGAGAAGUUUUGGGAUUUCAGUUUUCAUGAAAUGGGGAUGAAUGACCUACCAGCCAUUAUAAAUUUUGUUCUAGCUAAAACUGGACAGAAAAAAUUAUUUUACAUUGGCCAUUCUCAGGGCUCCACUAUAGCUUUCAUUGCAUUUUCAGAAAUCCCUCAGUUGGCUCAGAAAAUCAAAGCAUUUUUUGCAUUUGGCCCUGUAGCUUCCCUCAAUCAUAGCAAAUCUCCAUAUCCUAGGCUUGCAUUUUUCGCUGACAAUGUGGGAAAGACUUUCCUUGGCAAGAAAGAAUUUUGUAUUCUACAUAAUAAGACAAGGGAAUUCAUUGCUAAGACAUGCAACAAGGAUUUGUGGGGAAACAUUUGUGUCAAACUGCUUUUCUCAGCUGGUGGAAUUAGCAAAAACAACCUGGACAUGAGUCGCCUUGAUGUUAUUGCAUCACAUUUACCAGGCUGUACAUCUGUAAAAAAUCUCUUACACUGGGCACAGGUAAGGAAAAGUGGAGUGUUCAAAGCUUUUGACUAUGGUUCUGAGAAUAUCAACAAAUAUAAUCAGGGUACCCCUCCUGCAUACAACAUACAAAGAAUGGAUGUACCAACUGCAGUGUGGAGUGGCAGAAGUGACAUAAUGGCAACACCGAAGGAUACUAAACAAUUACUGCCUCUUCUGAAGAAUCUAAUAUACUAUAAAGAAAUUCCUCAUUGGAUGCAUUAUGAUUUUAUUUUUGGACUUGAUGCACGUCAAGAAGUAUAUGAUGAACUUAUUGAAAUCAUUCGGAACUUUCCAUAAGUGGAGUGCUCUCAACAGAAUAAUCCUUAGGAUCACCAAUAGGACUGAUGUUCUAGAAAAUCCUUUGGCUAUUUUAUGGAAUAAAAUUAUAGUGCUUCAAUCAAAUUGGAGUGGAGAACCUUAUUUCAGUCCCAUACUCCAAAUAUAAUAUGGUCCACAAUCUCAUUGCAGGCUGGCUUUCUCUGGCCAUGGAAAGCCCAUGUGUCAUGACACAGAAAGCUAAUUUUGUCCCCCAAUCCAGUUGUUAUCAGCAGGACUACCCCACUUGUCUUGCAUCUGCCACUGUUUUAGAAGAAUGCCAAGACCAUCUUUCAAGGCCUUCUCCUCUGGGGGCUCUCAUAUAACGUAGUGUGGUAGGUGGUUAUAGAGUGCUUUUUGUUGUGGCACCACAGAAUGAAAUGUCCUCAGAGAUGUUGAUUUUCUGCUUGUGUUACAGUGUUUAUGAUGCCAGAAUAAGACCUUUCUAGGUAUCUAUGUAUUGUAAUUGUAAUGUCAGUUAGUGCUUUUUACUCUGCUGUAUUAAUUCAAAGGUUAAUUUUUGUUUUUGUU